UGAAACCACACACUUGUAUCUUCAUCGACACAGCAAGCUAUAACACGUAUUUUAGAGAUAAUGUAGCAGACUUAAGUACAUGUUGUCCAGUACAAACUUCAUAUUAAGUUAAAUGAAUUGAUGAGGACUUAAUGUGAUGCAUAUUUGAAAUAUUUUCAUUCAAAAGAGACUGUUCAAAAGUGGCUGUUCUGAAAUCUACACGGGAGGUAUGAACGAUAGAAAAAGCUGUGUUUGAAAUAACUACCGAGUUGCUGGUUUCUGAAAUGAAGCAGCUGUGAGUGCGAGCCAUAUUACGAAAGGUGAAUCAACUUUGGCUGCGAAACGCUGAUUCAUAUACAAAGGUGAUAUCAUACAAGCUUCAUUUGUGCCAAAUUUUCUCGUUAUACCAUCGAUAUAAUACUUCAUCAUCUUUAUUAGCCAGUCAUUGCAGCCAAUAGCCGAGUGUCUUGUGAAUCAUUACCAACAGAUGGUCUUGUAAAUGUAUACCGUACCACUAGUGGCACUGAAGAUGGACAUACUUGGAAGAUUCGUAACUAGUACUUCCAACUGUUGUGCGUUUUGGUUUCAACAAAGAACCCCAUUGUAGUAUCGCUGCAAUGAUUACAAAGUAUUAAUAAGUCCAUAUUUAUGUGCUCUCUCGUGUUUCUACAACAAGAUGAUUAAAUCAUUGAUGGACAGGUUGUUACUUAGGAGUGGAAGACAACAGGAGACAAGCGGGGAGAUUAAGUAGCCACGCUGGAUAUGGUAACUCAUUUGCAUGUUUUAGACCUGGCAAAGUUGAUCAUUCCUUGAUGAAAAGGCUCUGGCGUCACAAAAAGUGAAACCAUUCAUGUUGUAAUAAACGAAGAAAUAAACGUUAUCAUCGAAAUAACUUUUCGAAACGAAGUUUAUUAUUAAACAAGCUGUUUGUGAUAUCAUCAGUUUUCAUUUAUUAAGAUACUUAAUUUGGGACGUGAAAUACAAUGGAAUCUAAUGUGACAAAGUUAACAGUGAUUGCCUGCCACAGAUGGCUUCUUGAUUUCAACUUCGAUAACAACACGGAUCUUGAAGACGUCAAUAACGCAUUUAUGUUAAGGAAUAUCGGAGGAAUUAUUCUAAUUGGUAUUCUGACCGUAUUUGGGGUAAUUGGAAAUUCCCUAGUUUUGUGGAUUUAUCUGGUACGAUUCCGACAGUCUAAUUACAGGACGUACAUUAUCUGGUUGUCUUCGUUAGAUAUGGUCAACUGUUUGGGAGUAAUGCCUUUCUACUUUACAUAUCUGUGCUUCCCUUUAUUGUUGGGAUCUAAGUACGUGUGCAAGAUGGGACGAUCCGGAAGUUACGUCGUAACGCUGUCGUCUGCUUUGUUGCUAAUUGUGAUUGCUGUGGACAGAUACCGUAAGAUUUGCACCCCAAGCAAGAGGCAGCUUUCUGGCAAACAGGCUAAGAUUUGCUGCUUUGUUGGGUUAAUACUCUCUAUAUUGUUAUCAUGGCCAACAUUCGUGAUGUUUGGUAAAACUUCAGUUGAGAUUGGAUUUAACGAUAUUCGAGGGUACAGAUGUUUAGUCGAAGACGAGUAUGCCGAUUCUAGCUAUAUGAAGGUGUUCCAGGUCAUCAUGUCAACGAUAGCACUGAGUGUUACAAUAACCCUUACAUUGAUGUACAGUUUAAUCGUCAAAGGCCUGUACACUCAUAGGAAAUACUUCAUUGGUGCUCAGGGAUCAAUCAAAUCCAGGAAAGCUUGCCCAAUUCCGGCAGAAAUGCUCGAUCGUUCUACUAGAAAAUCCACUAUGACACUUUUGGCUGUUACCCUAAGUUUUAUCCUCAGUUUUCUUCCUCACCAUGUACUUGCCAUCGCGUUUUUCAUGAACAAGACAUUUGAGUGCUCUCUAGGAUUUUCCGGUGGAGCGGCGUACUACACAUUUGUAUGGAUGGUGUUCUUUAAUACGGCUGCGGAUCCGGUUAUCUAUGGAUUUUCGGAUAAACGGUUCCGAUCUGAACUCAAGUGUAUGUGUACGCGUAUUCGAAGGGGACAAUGGUCAUUCAAAAUGCGAAGGUCCGAACGGUCAAUGAGAUCACAGAGAUCGUCAUAUUCUCCGAAAUAUAUUUCAAGCAAGCGAGUACAUUUUUCAUUUGAUUGAUACACAGUGUAUUGUAUUUGGUUUAGCUUUCUACAUAGUGUGUUUUUAUUAACUUUUUACUACGAAAUCGGACAUUUAGCGAAUACAGUACUACGUAUAUUACAAACAACGCUCAAUGCAUUAUAUUUGCUGUGUUCGCCCCCAACCCCUAAUGGUACGUUCAUGUCACAUGGCAUAAGAGGUGAUAAGGGUUAAAAACUUGAAAUUUGUGAACAGUCAUGAAUGUCAAUAUGGCAACAUUGAAAUUAGGAUGAUUACUGCAGCAGAGGGGUCACAAAAUGUGGUGAAGUGAAACCCAAUGCCUGUUGAUAGCCUUAUCUUACAAACACAAAUAUGAUAGUUUUGUUUUGUGAAACACAUUCUUCAGGUUGGUAAGGAUAGCCAUAUAAAAUGUUAUCUAACACAACAAAUUAAGUUAUUAGUGAUGACGUUUCUAUAACAGCUCUGUUAUCUUCCUCAGACUUGAAUGAUCAGUAUAGCUAUGUACACUAAGGUAGUAAAUGUGUAUGGGAUUGUAAAGAUAUGUUUACGAGAUGGUAACAAUAAGUGUGUACGCGAUGGUAACAAUAAGUGUGUACGAGAUGGUAACAAUAAGUGUUUACGAGAUGGUAACAAUAAGUGUGUACGAGAUGGUAACAAUAAGUGUUUACGAGAUGGUUACCAUAAGUUUAUUACCAUCUCGUACACGCUUAUUGUUACCAUCUAGUACAUACUUAUUGUUGCCAUCUCGUACACACUUAUUGUUACUAUCUCAUACAACUUAUUGUUACCAUCUCGUACACACUUAUUGUUACUAUCUCAUACACACUUAUUGUUGCCAUCUCAUACACGCUUAUGGUUACCAUCUCAUACACACUUAUUGUUACUAUCUCAUACACACUUAUUGUUACCAUCUAGUACACACUUAUUUUUACCAUUUCGUACACACUUACUGUUACCAUCUAGUACACACUUAUUUUUACCAUUUCGUACACACUUACUGUUACCAUCUAGUAUACACUUAUUGUUACCAUCUCGUACACAAUUAUUGUUAAUAUCUCGUAAAUGCUUAUUGUUACUAUCUCAUACACACUUAUUGUUACCAUUUCAUACACACUUAUUGUUACCAUCUCAUACACGCUUAUGGUUACCACCUCAUACACACUUAUUGUUACUAUCUCAUACACACUUAUUGUUACCAUCUAGUACACACUUAUUGUUACCAUUUCGUACACACUUACUGUUACCAUCUAGUACACACUUAUUGUUACUAAAUCGUACAUACUUAUUAUUACCAUUACAUGCACGCUUAUGGUUACCAUCUAGUAUACACUUAUUGUUACCAUCUCGUACACACUUAUUGUUAAUAUCUCUUAAAUGCUUAUUGUUACCAUCUCGUACACACUUAUUGUUACCAUCGCGUACACACUUAUUGUUA